GGAUCACUUCCGGUGAGCCCAGCAGUGACCACGGCAACAUGGCCUUGAACGGUGCAGAUGUCGACGAUUUCACCUGGGAGCCUCCGACUGAAGCUGAGACGAAGGUGCUGCAGGCGCGACGGGAGCGGCAGGAUCGCAUCUCCCGUCUGAUGGGGGACUACCUGCUCCGUGGUUACCGCAUGCUGGGCGACACGUGCGCCGACUGCGGGACGAUCCUCCUGCAAGAUAAACAGCGGAAAAUCUACUGUGUGGCUUGUCAGGAGCUCGACUCAGACGUGGAUAAAGAUAACCCGGCACUGAAUGCACAGGCGGCGCUCUCUCAAGCUCGGGAACACCAGCUGGCCUCAUCUACAGAGCCUGCCUCGAGCUCUCGGCCCCCAUCCCAGCCACCAGUACCCCGUCCAGAGCACUGUGAAGGCGCAGCAGCCGGGCUCAAGGCAGCCCAGGCGCCUCCUCUUCCGGCUGCACCUCCAAAUACGGACGCGGUGGCUUCCACACAGACGGCCCUCCUGCAGAAGCUAACCUGGGCGUCAGUCGAGCUGGGCUCUAGCACCUCCUUGGAGACUAGUAUCCAGCUCUGUGGGCUUAUCCGGGCUUGCGCCGAGGCCCUAGGCAGCCUGAAACAGCUGGAUCACUGAGACCUCUAUCCUGAUCCCUGUUCCCCUGAGAAAAACCCUCCAGAAAAACAGUUUUUCCUCCGC